AUGGUAAUAGAUAUACCAUUCUUGGUCGCCAGAUGUAUCCAUUAUUUACCAGAAUCUUCAUUAACAAUUCUGAACCACAGGAUUUACAUUGACUCUACAUCAGAUGAUUUGAAAAUUCGAUAUAG